AUGGCUUCCUCUGUAAUCCUACUUUGCAUUAUUGCGCUAGUUUCAUUAUUAACCGUCUUACAUGCCCAGAAUUCUUCCUCCACCAUAAAUUUGAACUCCAACAUCACUGCUGGAUCAAAUUCUUCUUGGAAAUCUCCAUCAGGUGAUUUUGAAUUUGGAUUCUACCAUCUUCCCGGGGAUUACUAUCUGGUCGGAAUAUGGUUUGCUAUCCCUGAGAAAACUCUGGUUUGGUACUGGAACCCACCUGUGGAAACCAAUUCAGUGAUCCAACUCUCUUCGGGAGGCCACCUUUUGCUCAUAUAUCCAAAUGGAACCUCUGUUCGGAUAGACAAUGGAAAUGGAGAUAAUGCAAGCUCAGCUUCCUUGGAGAACAAUGGCAAUUUUGUAUUGAAAGACUCCAAUUCAAGACCUGUCUGGAAGAGUUUUGAUUCUCCCACUAACACAAUGCUACCGGGGCAAGUCUUAAAUGCGAAUGGUGCACUCUAUGCCAAAGGCAAAGGACCUCUGAACUACUCAAAUGGAAACUUCAAGGUAUUGAUGCAAGACGAUGGGAACUUGCUACUCUCUGCUUAUCUAUGGUCAGAUCCUGCUUAUUGGUACUCUGCAACAACAUCAUUCAAAAACGUAAGUUUGGUAUUCAAUCUUAGUGCCUUCUUGUACCUUACCAGUGGCUCCAUCAACAUACGUUUUUUGACAAAUAACCCUCCAUCCCCAACUGAAGAUUUUUAUCACCGAGCAACAAUAGAUGAAAAUGGAAAUUUUCAUCAAUAUGCUUAUAAUCGGAGAAAUGGCAGUAGGUGGAUAAGGGUCUGGAGAGCCAUUGAUGAUCCUUGCAGAGUGGAUGCUAUUUGUGGAGUGAAUGGCUUGUGCACUUCACCUGACAAUGAAACAGUGCAGUGUGAAUGCCUUCCAGGUUUUGUCCCAUUUAAUAUGACAAAUGAAUACCUAGGAUGUCGCCCAGAAACUGUGAUUAAUUAUUGUGCACAAGAUCCUUCUAGGUUGAACUUCAAGCUGGAGGUUUUUGAUGAUACUGAUUUUCAGUUUGACUCCUUGUCAGACUUUGCUGAGCUGAAAACUGCAGAUUUAGAAGCUUGUGAGAAGUAUGUCAUGGAUGAUUGUAAUGUCGUUGCUGCUACCUUCAAUGCUACAUCUUCAACAUGUAUCAAGAAGAGGAUGCCGUUGGUGAAUGCGAGAAAGAGUUCAUCUUCUAAGGGGCAAAAAGCUCUACUUAAGGUUCCUACUUACAACAACGCCUCUGGAGGAUUGGAAGGUUCGAAGAAGAAGAGUUUUAAUGUCAGAGUUUUUCUCAAGGUCAUGCUUGCUGUUAGUUCCACCCUUGCAUGCUUGUUUGGAGCCCUUGCUGUCUAUUACCACCCUUUAGCUCAAAGACUAAUGAGACGAAGCAAGUUUCUGAACGCAAGUGCCAUUGGAAUCAACUUCAGAGAGUUCACAUUCCAAGAGCUUCAUGAAGCAACAGGUGGAUUCAAUAAGACUAUUGGUAAAGGAUCUUCGGCCAAAGUCUAUAGUGGAAAUCUUGUUAUUGAUGAUUCGACAAUUGCGAUUGCAGUGAAGAAGCUAGAAAAGAAAGUUGAGACAAGUGAUCAGGAAUUUAUGACUGAGCUCAAAAUAAUUGGUCGCACACAUCACAGAAACCUGGUAAGACUUCUGGGUUUUUGCAUUGAGAAGAGCCAUAGACUUCUUGUCUAUGAGUUACUUCCAAGUGGAGCGUUGUCCAAUUUUCUGUUUGGACAAAGAGAAAAACCUCCUUGGAGUCUAAGGAUUGAUAUAGCUCUUGGGAUUGCAAGGGGCUUGCUUUACUUGCAUGAGGAGUGUGAGACCCAGAUUAUACAUUGCGACAUCAAGCCCCAAAACGUGUUACUGGAUGCCGAUUAUACGGCGAAGAUUGCAGAUUUUGGGCUGUCCAAGCUUCUCAACAAAGAGCAAACCAGAACAAACACUAACUUCAGGGGGACUAUAGGGUACAUAGCCCCUGAAUGGCUAAGAAGUGCACCUGUAACUGCUAAAGUUGAUGUCUUUAGCUUUGGGAUUAUGUUGCUCGAGAUUAUUUGUUGCAAAAGGCAUGUCGAACAGAAUCAAGCAGAUGAUGAAGAAAGUGAUGAAGAUGAUGAUGCAUUGCUGGCAAAAUGGGUUCUGAAGUGCAUCGUGUUGAAGAAACCGGAGCAGUUUGCAGGUCAUGACUCAGAAGUACUAAGUGAUAUGACAAGGUUUGAGGAAAUGGCCUUGGUUGGAUUAUGGUGUAUCCAUCCAGAUCCAGCACUGAGACCAACAAUGAAGCAGGUGAAUCAAAUGCUAGAGGGAAACAUGGCUGUUGGGGUUCCUCCAUUGCUUUAUGAGCAAAUGACAGCAGAUCUAAGCAUAUAGCCUUUCAAUCUCUGGUUUAGCUUACGGAGAUUAUUGUCAAGGGAACCUACUAUCGUUGUUUGGUGUUAUUCUUCACGAAUUUAAUGGGGCACUCCAUCACAUCUACCGGUACAUUUUAAAAUUUUUAAAGCUGUGAGCUUUUUAAGCGGAC